CCUACCCCCCCGCCCAUAUAUAUACGCUCGCACCGAUCACACCAUUUGAAGCUCUCAUCUGACAAGAAUUUCAGCGCCCCGUCUUCGAUUUGUUUCCUUCCAGGGAAAAAAGAGAAGAGUUUCCAUUUAUUCAUUUGUAUUUUGGUGCGGUCGUUCUUGAAACAGUAACUCUGGCGAAGAGCAGGAGUGAGCCCAUUUCCCGGAUUCUGCGUUAGAUAAUUCUUGAGGCCAAAUCUGAGUUUUGGAGUUCUGAUCAUGGACAGUCGGAGGAGGCAAAAGUGGGAUAAUUAUAGAAGAUCACAGAACAAGAGGCCACCACGCGGAACGUGUAGUUGGCAGCCCACCGUGCCUUCAUGGGAGAAAGAAUUUUGCAAAGUGGUUGGCUCACUGGACUGGGAAACAUUAUUGCAGAUGAAGAGGUUUAUGCACCUGUAUGAAAAUGUGAUUAAGUGGAACGACUCUGCAGGGGAAGAGGCACUCUCCAAUGCCAAGAAGCGUUUCUGGGCUGAAAUCAACGGCCUUCCUUGUGACAUAUCAUUGCCUGACCCUGAUCUUUAUAUCGACAAAAUAGACUGGGAUUCAGAAGUUGAUCCCAAGAUGCAGGCAGACAUUGAGUUCGAACCUAUGAUCUCUAAAGCAGACGAAGACCAUGAUCCUGUUGUCAUUUUUGGCGAUUCUCUCCUCCCAAACCGAGAAUACUCUGUCACAGGCUGGGGCGACGAUGAAGAGAACUUCAAAGUUCCAGCUAAAUCUUCAUCAGCUAAUCAUGGUGAUCCUUGGGAGCAAAACUGGGGCAAUUCAUUUGAUAAUGGGGCUGCAACUGGAUGGUCAGAUUAUUGUAAUAAUGCAUGGAAAUUAGGUGACGGAAGUGGACCCACCGGAUAUAUUUCAUGGGAUGCAGGUGGGUGGAGUAAUAACAGGUCUUUGAACUGCGCCAAUAAUAAUGUGACUUACGAACGACGACCAGAUAUCGAACAUGAGAUAGCUGGUGCAGAACAAGCCACAUGGAAUGACAACAAACUUACGAGGGUCAAUACGAAUAGAUAUGUGUCAAGUGACAGGAAGUUGAGAGUUCAAGGGAAUGAGCGUUAUAUGAAUUAUAAAUCAACCAACGAAAAUGGACGCCAUAAAGCAGCAUAUUGGGGACAGCGAACAGUUACAGACAAAAGACGCAAUUCUCGAGAGUGGAAUUCGUUUGGUUCGUGUAGACCUGUCAGUCACCGUGCCGCAAUAUCAGUUGGACAAACAUGGAACCAGUAGAACCCUGUCCUCAUUUGAUUUGUUCUUUCAAUUCUGUUUACGCCUCUUAAGUAGCGUAUAUAGCAUCCAGCCCCAGCCCUAGCCCUAGCCCUAGCCCUGGCUGUAGUGAAUAUGGAGUUUUCUAUAUUGCAUCUCCCAUAAUUUCCUCCAAAUUUUUGCGGAUAGUUUUCUGAUAUUGGGGGAGACUGUUCUAUAACAUAUAGCAUGUUUUCAUUAUCAAGAUUGCUCGUGGUUUCUGGUAAGUACAGCUGUGCAGCUACUGUUUCAGAGUUGCAUGUUUAUCUUCA